CCUCUUCUCCCAGAGAGAGAACACAACAAUGUCGGGUCUCCACAGAUCUUCAAGUUCAUCCAAGAACGUUGGAAACUGCCUCCCCUCUAAGGAACUCCUUGACGAUCUUUGCAGUCGAUUUGUUUUGAAUGUACCUGAAGAGGAUCAACAGUCAUUUGAGAGGAUUCUGUUUCUGGUGGAGUAUGCUUAUUGGUACUAUGAAGAUAAUGCUGUGGAGAAUGAUCCAACGUUAAAGUCUCUGUCUUUGAAGGAGUUUACUUCGCUUUUGUUUAACAGCUGUGAUGUUUUGAGACCUUAUGUAUCUAACAUUGAUGAUAUUUUUAAAGACUUUACGUCUUACAAGUGUCGAGUUCCUGUUACUGGAGCUAUUAUUCUGGAUGAAACUUAUGAACGGUGCUUGUUGGUGAAGGGAUGGAAAGGAUCAAGCUGGAGCUUUCCCCGCGGGAAGAAGAGUAAGGAUGAAGAGGACUAUGCCUGUGCUAUACGUGAGGUCUUAGAAGAAACUGGAUUUGAUGUCUCAAAGCUACUCAAGAAACAAGAAUAUAUUGAGUUUACAUUCAGACAGCAAAGAGUUCGACUUUACAUCGUUGCUGGGGUGACAGAUGAUGCAGCUUUUGCACCACAAACAAAGAAGGAAAUCAGUGAAAUUGCAUGGCAUCCGCUUGAUCAUCUUCAGCCAGCAAGUAAUGAGGUGAUAACUCAUGGAGUUGCUGGUCUCAAGUUGUAUAUGGUGGCACCUUUUCUUGCGUCGUUGAAGUCAUGGAUAUCAAAGCAUCUGGCUCCUCGAUCACGGAGACGUGAUAAGCCUCCUAGAGCACGCUGCGUGUGGAAUGCCAAGACUAGUAGUGGUGGAGGAAAUGGUACAGCGACAACAGCUACAACGGAAAGCAACAAUAAAACCACCGACCUGAACCGUCCUCAGGACACAGAACCUGGGAACAGUUUCAGAAGCUUCAGGUUUAACACGUCAGCAAUCUUGGAAUCAGUUUAUUCAGCUUGACUACGCAGUGGCUAUGAUGCGGUUUGGAUUGAUGGGUUUGUGCAUAGCAAAACCGUUGGAUAUGUUCACUUCAACUGGUGUUUCUUAAUUUGUAGCCCUGACAAACAUCACACUAUUUCAUGUCUCUUUUCUUCUUCUUAGUUAUUUUAAUUGAUCCAAAAAAAUAAGUUAUGUCAAUUAAAAUCAAGAGUGUCACCUUUUCACAUGAUCCAGAAACUAUAACUAGCCUAAUGGUAAUCAUCUUUUUACAUUGUAUAACUUAUCUUCUUAGCUUGAAAAGUUGGUGAAGGAACGGUGGCCUAAAUUGGGCAAGAG